AUGGCACGAUCCGAAGCUGGCGGUACCAACCGCACGCAGGCGAAACAGGCAUGGGUAUCUCUUCUUGACACCCGGAUGCCUCUCAAAGAUCCCGUUUCGUCGAGUGACGCACAAGAGCUAGACAACGAGCUCGCGGUCUUGGACGAAGUCGUAGUACUGGCGCGUCGGCGCCGCAACGCCCGCAUCGCAUGGCCCUGCAAGCUCCCGGCCGAAGUCCUUGGGAUCAUCUUACUCGACGUCAAGAGUGGAUGGGGCCCCAAAAUGACACGGAUGUCUGAGCGAGAGCUGGAAGAGGACUACAACUUUCGCCAAGAGUAUCCCUCAAAAUGGUCGUAUCAUCAAACGCUAAAGAAAGGUCACAAUGUUCGCGGCUGGCUCAACACGACACAUGUCUGUAGUUCUCUGAGAGAGGUGGCCCUCGCGUUGCCGUCUCUCUGGUGCGAUAUCGAAUGCUCUGAGCUCCCUUCCAAUUACCGAGACUUUAUCGAAGCUCGAUCUGCUGGUCAACCUCUCCACUAUAUUCUGGACUACAAUGACGAUAUACUCCAAAACUCCAUCCAUUACACACAGGAGUGGCUCACGCCGUCCGCAUGUAAUCAUCUUCACCGCCUCAAAUUGCAUCGAAUCGACGAAAAUUACUUGCGAAAGAUUACUCGAUCCAUACCUUCUUUGCCUCAACUGAGCGAAUUUUCCCUGAGCCUUUCGACGGACGAAGACGUUCCUGCGAAGCUCGUCGACAUCAAGCUCCCAAUUGCCUCCCCUCACCAACUCUCGCGCCUCAGCUUCGGGAACUGCAUCCCUCCCUUGUCAUCUCCGAUGUUCUCUCCAGGAAUCACCCAUCUAUCGUUCUCAUGGACGUCGAGUUCUGGCGCUUCCAUCCCUGCAAUCGAUGACAUACUUGACAUGCUUUGUUCCCUGCCACGACUAGAGCAAUUGCGACUCAGCCGCGUGCCAGCGGGUGGCGGUACCGCAAUCUCCGACGCCCCCGCAUCGCCACCCCGCCGCCGCUCGUUACCACCAACCUUUCGUCGCUUGGAGUGUCUCAUGGAAAAGAAUGGGUACCGAGUUCACUCGGCGCUUGACGUGCUAUCUCGACUCGAGUUUGCACGCGGGGUUGAAGUCGAUCUGAACGAUCACAACAGGGCCGAUGUCCGCUGGUUCCCCGACGACGACAUCACCAAUCUCGCACGCCUCGCACACGCAGCUUAUGGUGCCAACCGCGAUCUUCAACAGUCACCCUGGGGCCUUCUUCUUACAUUUGGCAAGGCGUGCAUGCUCCUUGGAGACGACAUAUCCUGGUCUACUGAACGAUUGCGCUCGCCGGACGACAUGUAUCAUUUAUACAAGGAACGCACGACCAACUCCCUCACAAGUAUCGCGCGCAUCCCAGACAAAGCCGACCUUCGGCCCGGCGAUCUUAUCGGACUCUGCGAGCUACUCCCGCUCAAGAGCCUCGCGUCCCUCUCGCUCGACGGGGAUGCGCUCUACAGGCUGUUCAACGAUUCCAUCACGGAGUUCGCUCACGUCGUGGAGAAACUCUUCUCGGCGCCGGCAAUCAGUCAUCUCGCGGUAGCGAUGACCACCGACGCUGCCAGACUCUUCGGGAAACUGAUCGAGGAUCCCAAACAGAACGAUCGCGCCAGCGCUGCGCUACUUCCUGCACUCGAAACUGUAUACUUAUACGUCGAUGCUGCAACCGAUGGACUCGAUGACGCACCUUCUGCGGAAAGCCUCGCGCCGGUCUUCAGCUCGUUGGUAGCGGCUGUGAAUUCACGCCAGGAUCGUACCAAGGCUGUGCGUGAGGUUCGCAUGGACCGUAAAGUGUGGGCCAUGUACUCGUGGGAGGCGUUGCAUGGCGCGAAUGUAGUGGUUGUGUAG